AUGGUAGACACAAGAUUACCUUUCGGUGCAUCGAAAUCUCCUAUGACAUUUCAUAGAAUAACUCAGGCAGUGCGUGUGAUCAUGCAACAAAGGGGAUAUCAAACAUUAAUUGUCUACCUAGAUGAUUUUCUCAUCGUCGGAAAUACCUUCAAAGAAUGUCAGCAAGCCCUUCAUGAACUAAUGCGUUUAGUGCGCGAAUUAGGUUUUCAAAUUAAUUACAACAAGAUCGAAGGCCCUUCACAGGACCUCACAUUCCUUGGCCUUGUGCUGGACUCUGUUAACAUGACAAUACGCAUACCCGAGACCAAAAUUCAUGAAACACAACUGUUGUUACAAACUAUGUUAAGUUCAAAGAAAGUUACUAAACGCAGUAUUCAACAAGUGGUCGGCAAACUUAAUUGGUUAUCAUCUUGUAUUUAUGGUGGCAGAUUUCACAUGCGGAGACUUAUAGACAGUGCAAAUAAACUUCAGUAUCCUUCGCACCGAAGACGAGUUACGCAGGACAUGAAAUCAGACAUGUUGUGGUGGUUGGAGUUUAUGAAAGCGUUCAACGGAACAAUGAAGAUUAUUGACGAUAGAUCGGCCUUGUCAAUUAGUAUCGAUGCUUGUACUACUAACGUUAUCACGGAAGGUGAGCUUGAUAAAGCUGCGCAGUUCUUCUACAGCAACGCGUAUUCGGAUAAUACGAAAAGAACGUAUACGUCACACAAAAACUCUUACAUAAACUUUUGCACCCAGUUCGGAUACCCUGCUAUACCUGCAUCCACACAAACAUUGUGCCGUUAUGCUGCGUUUCUCUCAAAAUCGUUGAAGUUUAAUUCUAUAAAACAAUAUCUGAACAUUGUUCGUAUAUUACACGCUGAAUGGAAUUUACCCAAUCCAUUGUCAAACAAUUUUAUACUUAAUUGUACCUUGCAAGGUAUUCGAAGACAUCUUGGCGAUGCAACGAUCCGUAAAAAGCCCAUCACUCCAGCCAUGUUACAUCACAUCCUAGCGCAUCUCGACUUAUCAAAAUCACGUGAUUCGACAGUAUGGGCCGCCGUGCUCUGCAUGUUUUAUUGA